AUGUCCACGUGUCCCCAGGCCCUGCUGCAGCCCUGGCCGCUGGCCUGCCCCUGCUGUGGCAAUGCCCUGCUCUCAAAGAGUCCUUUCAUGCUGCUGGGAGCCUCCCUGCGCCUUCCAGAGCCUUCCUUGUUGCCGCCUCCCCUUGUACGUCUCAGCAGCCUGGGCCACGGGGAGCUGGGACACACGCUGCUGAGGGAAAAGGCGACCGUGUACUGCCGAGCCGCGGGAGCCGAUUGGCCGCGCCGCCACGUCACUCAGCGAGCGCCGGCGCCCGGCGGACGCUCCGCAAACAAAGCGGGGGCUGCCGGGAGUCGUAGUCCGGGCGGAGCGAGGCCGGCGCGGCGGCGGGGCGCGAGGGAACUACACGUCCCGUUGGCCCCCGCGCCGCGCGCCGCCCCCCGCCCCGCCCCGGGCGGCCGUCGGCGGGGCUCGCCGGGCGCCGUGAGUCAGUGCCCAGUAAACAUUGGCGUGAGCCGCGGCGGGCGGGGGGCGGCGCGGCGGCGGGGGGGGGCCGGGGCCGGGGCCAUGGACGAGCUCAAGCACCAGGUGAUGAUCAACCAGUUCGUGCUGGCGGCCGGUUGCGCCGCCGACCAGGCCAAGCAGCUGCUGCAGGCGGCGCACUGGCAGUUCGAGACUGCCCUCAGUGCUUUUUUCCAAGAAACAAACAUCCCAUACAGCCACCACCAUCAGAUGAUGUGCACUCCCGCCAACACGCCGGCCACGCCGCCCAACUUCCCCGACGCCCUCACCAUGUUCUCCCGCCUCAAGGCCUCCGAGAGCUUCAACAGCAGCAGCCCCGUGGCCUCCAUGGCGACGUCGCCGCCGCCGCCGCCGCAGCACGGGGCGUUGAGCGCCGGCUGGCCCGCGGCCUCGCCGCCCGCCCAGCAGCAGAGCACGUGGACUCCGGCUGCGCCGGCGCAGCCCGUGGGCUGGCCAGCCGCCGUCUGCCCGCAGCCCGCGCCGGAACACAAGGCCAACGUGACCAUGGAGGCGGAGAGAUGAGGCGGCGGGCGGCGGGGGACCCCUGCACAUCCCGUGUUACCUUUUCUUUCCCCCCAACACACACACACACACACACACCCCUCCCCGAAGAGGAGAGGAACUGUGCUGCCGGGGCGCAGACACACGAGCAAAUAGCUGCCUUGCAUGGGUUUGGUUUGAAGUAGUUUUUACUUGUCCUCGAGCUGAAGAUGCUCCCCAGGGACAGCAGGAGGCUGUGUGGGGCCGGCGCCGGGCUCGGGGGGGAGGAGCACCCCCUCCUCUCUUGGGACACCGCAGUUUGCAUGUGAGUGACAUUUACCAAGGAGAUCCCUUCUUCAUGGUCCCCCACCACGUAGGGGGGGUUGUGCCCGAGUGGCUUUGCCCCAUCCCUUGGCCCCGCUCGACCGGGUGAGGGACGGACCCCCCCCACGGUUUGGUUUUUGCAGGGGGGACAGAGAGCAGGGACUGUUCCUGCCGCAGCCCCCUGCAGCCCCCCUGCCUGCGCCGUGCUCGCCGGUGAGCAGGGCUGGGGCACUGAGCGGGGCCGGGGCGCACGAGCUGCUCAGCCCUGGCCCGGCAGCGUGCAGCAGGGGCUGAGCCGGGGGGGCCCGGCUGCGCCAGCACCCCCUCCCCGUGCCCUGCUGGAAUGGGGUCUGCCCGGGGCUGUUUGCAUGCCACAGUGUAACCCCAGAGCCUGGGAUCGUUUCUAAGCCCUCUGUUCCUUUCUGGGCGGCUGGGGGUGUGCCCGGGCCGCAGCCGCUUGCAAUACACGCUCUUGUGCUUUCA